UGGGAAUAGUACCACAUUUGUUUAAUAUUUUUCUCGUAAUAACAAAUAAUUUUCAGCAUUUUACACAUAAUGAGUAGUGCAAUCACAAACCAACUGCAAUUGCACACACGGCAAUGUCUGAAAUUGAUGAAAAGUUUACAAAUUACCAUUACGAGGAACACGAUUUAUCAUCAAAGACCUCGCAAGAGAAAUCCAGUGUGGUUUGUCAAGGAAACUACUGCUAAACACGAUGAUUAUUUAACUAGAGAAAAUAAGGAGUUUGUUCAAAGCAAAGUACAUGAAAAAUUUGGUAAUCCCAUCAUCAAGCAUGGUAUUCAAACGUACGAAUCACCUGUUAGUUCCAUGGUUAACAUUGCCGAAUUGCCAAAAGCUGAGUGGACACCACAGUCGCAAAGAACCGGCGUGAUUGCAAGAAAAAUUGGUAUAAGUCCGAUAUGGAUGAAGGAUGGGACAAAAAUGAUGAGUACAUUGUUGCAAGUUGUUGAUAACCACGUCAUAAAAUACACACCUCCAGAGCAGCAUGAUUCUCCACGAAAGCGUCUUAUCAAGAAUCCAAACAGGUUGGGGUGCCUGUUAGUCGGUGCACUAAGUGCAGAUCCGACCACCUUGACAAAACAAUAUUGUGGAUUGUUUGAGGAAGCCGGUGUGAUGCCCAAGUCAGUUUUACGUCGAUUCAUGAUAACACCUGAUGCGGCUUUGCCACCUGGAACCCCGUUAAAUGUCACACAUUAUCGCAUUGGAGAUGUAGUUGAUGUCCGAGGACUAACUAUAGAUCGUGGAUUCCAGGGUGUCAUGAAGAAACACGGUUUCAAAGGUAUGCCAUACACGCACGGCCAGACAAAGACGCAUCGACGACCAGGAAACAUCGGUGGAGGUGGUGAAAAAGGUCGUGUUUGGCCAGGAACUAAACUUCCUGGAUGGAUGGGAAAUCGCUGGCGAGUGUUGAAGGGUUUGAAAAUUUGGCGAAUCAAUACGAAAUACAAUGUCAUGUGGGUGUCAGGACAAAAUGUUCCUGGAGCAGUCAACUCAUUAGUGUACAUAUACGAUACAAUACUACCAACAAGAAAACCAGAAACUGCGCCUCCAUUUCCUACAGCACCAGAAGUAGAUGAAUUGUCGGAAGAAUUCGUGGAUGAAAAUAUGCACGACUUUAGAGAUCCCACUAUUUUUUUCACCGAAACAAAGUAAAUUAAAUUUCGUACAUAUAUUAGGCAAAUAGAUUAAUAAAUUGAUAAAAAAUACAAACAAAUUACAUCACAAGUUCAUUCAUUUUAACAUUUGAUGAAAACAUUUGAUUUGUCCUCACAUAAUAAUCAAAAUUUUCUGCUAAAAAACACGAACAGCUUACUGAAUAUUAAAGAUUAUUUUCGAGAGCCUUGUAUGUAACUUCGUUUUAGGCUCGUAAAUUUUGAAUUCACUUUUGACAUUGCUAAAUUGACUCCUAUCGCAAGAUUUUGUUAAGGCUCAAGAAUUUUAUGUCUGGAGUUGAAUUCUUUAGCAUGUUUGCUGUCAAAAUUGAGCUUAUAAAUGCACCAAAUGCAAUUUAGAUCAUUUAAUUUAUAAAAAUGUUCAAAACACUAAAAAAACUUUUAGUUAGAAAACAUUUAAUUAGAAAAGAGUAGAAAAUCCACAAGAAGUCAAAUCACCGAAAAGAAAUUUGAAUCCUUUUUUUAUCAGUUAUAUUUGUAUACUUUUAUUUGUUUUUUUUUUAAAAAUUAAAAAAAUUGGAAUUAUAUAUGCAAAAAAUCCUUUAUUGAAAAAGCACAAACACAUUCUGUUAUUUUUUCAAUUUUUGCAACAUUUAGAAUUAAAAAAAUUAUAAUUUUAGGAGUAGUCGUGUUCACGGCCUACCGUGAAAAGAAUGAGCCUUUUGCAAAACCUCUGUAAUCUCAAAAUAUUAAAUAGGUUAUAUAUAAAUUUCGGAAUAAAUACUUAAAAAUGUAAAUUGACACCAAACAUUUUAAGAUACAAAAAAAAUUGAGUUUCACAAAACCAUUGGUUUUGAAAUACUAAGUUUGUUUGGGUUCUCGUUUUCAUAGCUUUUCCUCUUG